GCAGGUGGUGACGCUGGGAGUGAAAAACAGAGAGAGUGUGAAAGUGUUUAACACCUGUUGCGUUCUGACUUCAGAAUCCUUCUCUACAUUUCACAUUCUGUGAUGGAGGACACCCAGGCACAGUUACAGGGUGAUGAAAACCCUCCUCCAUAUUUCUUGGUGGUGAAGCCAACUGAGCCCCCGCCUCCAUAUUUUGGGCUUCAUCCACUUCCAAGUAGCCCACCCUUUGAGCCGUUCUACGUCAACCAGCCGUUACCCCAAAUACCUCCACCCAACCUACCUCUGCCUGUAGCAGCUUCAUCUCAAAACAACAACCAGACAGCCCCGCCCCCGGCUAGUCUAGUGAUGACAGGAAGAAGGAGAGCUCGAUGCUAUGGAUGCUCAGGAGGAUCCCUCCUCAUUCUAGUGAUCAUUGGAAUUGUCAUCUGGCUGGGAGUGCGGUAUGGGCCGUUGCUGUUGUCUAAGGAGACAGACAAGGUCGGGGACACAUGCCCAUCCACAACUGUCAAAUGCGACGGACACACCGACUGCACGCAAGGCUCUGACGAGACAAAUUGUGUGCGGUUCGGAACAGGAAAUGAACUGCAGGUCUUGACCUCCAGCUCCAGGGUCUUCCUCCCGGUCUGCUCUGUGGGGUGGAGUCAGAGUCUGGCUGACCAAACCUGCCAUCAGCUCGGAUUCAGGAGGAGUUACCACUCUGGCACCGAGCUGUCGACCUCAUUGUCAUUUCUGUCUGUGAGUAAUCAGUCCACAGCCACCAUCCAGGGAAAAGUUCAAGUCAGCUCAUCAUGUCCUGGGCAGAAGGUAGCCACUCUUCAGUGUACCAGCUGUGGAGAUCCAUACACCUCCAAGAUCAUAGGGGGCACUGUGGCAGAACAAGGCCAGUGGCCAUGGCAAACCAGCCUGCACUUCCAGGGCUGGCACACGUGUGGAGGCUCUCUGGUGGCUCAAGACUUCGUAGUGACCGCUGCACACUGCUUCCCCAAAGACUCCGCCUCUGCGCAGUUGCCUAGUAACUGGCUUGUGUAUUUGGGCACGGUGUCGCAGUACAUGCUUCCUGAGCCGUUGUACGUGGCGCAGAUCAUCGUGCAUGAAGAAUACAACCCAAAAACCAGUGACUACGACAUCGCCCUGCUCAAACUCAGCCGACCCGUCAUCAUGUCCAAUGUAGUCAAGCCGGUGUGUCUCCCUGCAUUUGACAUGACGGUCUCUGCAGGCACACAGUGCUGGACCUCUGGCUUUGGUACCACACAGGAAGGGGCAGCUGAAGGUUCCACUAAUCUGAUGCAGGUGGCAGUAGAUAUAAUUGACUCUGGUGUUUGUAACAGCGCUGAGGUCUACAAUGGACGCAUCACUCAAAACAUGCUGUGUGCAGGUUAUCUGACUGGAGGCAGAGACUCCUGCCAGGGGGACAGUGGAGGUCCAUUGGUUUGUCAGGAGACCGACGGCCACUGGUAUCUCACUGGCAUAACGAGUUGGGGAUAUGGCUGUGGCCGUGAGGAUAGCCCCGGCGUCUACAGUGAUGUGCACAGCCUUCUGGGAUGGAUAUACAGCAAGAUGGAGCAAGAGAAGCCAUGACUGCGGUUUGAAUGUACUUGUUGCCACAGUGAUGUGAGAGAAACACAUCUGGCAUCUGGCAUCAUCACGUACCACAACAGCAAAUCACUCUCACCACGUUCUUACUUCAGUUUUCAGUUUCUGGGCAACGUUAACCAAAAUUCAGUUUUCAUAACAGAUUUAGAUCUGUGUGUGUGUGUGUGUGUGUGUGUG